UCCGGCAUGGAUGAUCAGAGGAAGGUGGUGAUCUCCGGCAGCCUCGCCGUGGGCUUGGCGAUUUCCAUGCUCUUGGUGCAGCUUGCUUCGGCGCAAUCCGGUUGCACCACCGCGAUCGUUAGUCUGUCGCCUUGUCUGGACUACAUCGCCGGCAACGCCUCCACGCCCUCCUCCUCCUGCUGCUCGCAGCUGGCCACCGUCGUGCAGUCCGAGCCGGCGUGUCUCUGCUCGGUGCUCAAUGGCGGCGCCUCCUCACUCGGUGUCACCGUUAACCAGACCCGGGCGUUGGCCUUGCCCGGCGCAUGCGGGGUCCAAACUCCACCGGCGAGCGAGUGCAACAGAUCACCGACGGCGCCGGAGACUCCCUCCACGACACCAUCGCCUCCGGCGACAGGCGAAGGAGGUGGAUCGAAGGUAACUCCGGCGACGACGCCAAAUGCUGCUUCCAGCUACAAGACCACUGGUUCUCUGAUCGUCUCGGUCCUCUUCCUCUCCGUUUGCAGUCUCCUUCACUAAACCCUGAGUCAGUCAUCAGCAGUUGGAUUACGGCUACUUCAUUUCUUUGCGUCUGUGAUUCUUCUUGUUUUGUUUAUGUAUGAAUGAAUGAAUAAUGGAAUAAAUUUGAAGAGUGAAAUUGAGGGGACUGUCUGGAUACGAGUUAAUACAAAUCAAAUAAAUGUGAGGUGAACCUACAAAAGUUAUUUGCUUUAUAAGUUCAAAUGAUUUAAUUCUUUUAAGACAAAUUUAAACUGAGGGGAUUGUCUGGAUACGAGUUAGUGAUUAGUAGCUGCUGUUGUAUAAUUAAAACACUAUAAACCAUACAUAGGGUUGGUGGCGUUG